AACAUAUCAAAAUUUCCAUUUUAAUAUAUUUUCCUUUCUACUUUCUUUACUUGCUACAACAAUACUUCACAAGAAAGACAAUAAGCUAUAACCACUUUAGCUAAAAAAAAAAAAAAGUUAUGGAAAAUCAAGAAGAAAUAAUCAACCUCGAAAAUCGUCAUGAUUUCAUCUCUAAUGGCUUGAAUUCUCCUUCAAACACCGCGACAUCAUCAUCAUCAUCAUCAUUUUCGAGAAAAAUUGAAGAAGAGAAAAAGAAAAAGAAAAGAAAUGAUGACGACAAUAAGCACCCAACCUAUAGAGGGGUACGUAAGAGGAGUUGGGGCAAAUGGGUGUCCGAAAUUCGAGAACCAAAAAAGAAAUCAAGAAUAUGGUUAGGUACUUAUCCAACAGCUCAAAUGGCAGCUCGAGCUCAUGAUGUUGCGGCUUUAGCCAUCAAGGGAUGUUCUGCUCACCUUAAUUUUCCUCAUUUGGUUGAUCAAUACCCGCGUCCGGCAUCCACUUGUCAUAAGGAUAUCCAAGCAGCAGCCGCAAAGGCUGCUGCCAUCCCAUUUCCCGAGGAAGAUGAAGAAGAAGAAGAAGAUCGAGUCGAGUCAGAUCAAGUUGAAUUACGAAAUUGCCAUUCAUCAACAAAUUUAUUCUUAGAAAAUACCAAAGAAUCCCUAAAUUCUCAAUCAAGAGAGGAUGAUGACACAUUUUUUGACUUGCCUGAUCUUUCCAUUGAUAUGGUGGAUCAAACUAAUAGUUAUUGGUGCACAAUGUCCACGUGGCAGCAGCUGAUUGGAGCUGACCCUACGGUAUACCAGCUCGAUGAGCCAUUCUUGUGGGAGUAGCCAUGGUGCAUUGAGUGUUUAUAUCGAUCAGAAAUUUGAUUCUAGUCCUUAUAAAUGUUAGUAAUAAUAUGUAUAAAUAUGUGUGUACGUAGGAGACAUACAUCUUGAAUUCAUUGAAUUGAUGUAAUUAGUGUGAAGUAA